AAUCGAUGAGAGAAAUGUCGUGAGAUCACAACAAUCAUCMGUACUAAUGCCAACAAACCGUUGUCGCAAAAGUUUGUUUUUCGUAGCGACUAAGAGAACGGCAAGCAUUUUUGGAUUGUUUGAAUCAAUMCAUCUGCAUCGCAAUACAACUAUUCCAACAAAAUCAUGGAGGACUCACCUACAAAAUCUGUAACAUCAAACGACCAAUCGUCUCUCGACACACACUAUGAGAGCGGAAGAAAACAGCGCGGAUCGAUCUCUACAAAACAGGAAUUACCAUCGGCGAACGAAGGGUCGCCACCGCCACAGGGCACUCGCAGCCUGCACAACGAAGAAGACAACAUCGAAGUUAGGYGGCGAAGGAUCCAUUCCAACGUCUUAAAAGCCAAAUACGUAAAUUAUUUAUCCGCCACGUACUUCGCAAAAUGCCAGUUCUUCUUCAUUUUUCUUCCGCUCCAGCUCUUGUCCAUCUGGACUGCUAUUUCUGGUACGGUUUCGGCCCACAGUUCAGCGACUAACACAGCACCGGUUGAAUACAACGAUGACCAGAUUAACGACAUGAAACCGWCUCUUAAGGGCAAUGUUGUUGUCGUUUCGGAUGCUCACAUGCUUAGAAGGGCGAUCGCUGAUGGAGUYGUYGGUGCRCUGCUUCUGAUCGUGACGAACAUCAACCGGAAACUGAACCUCGAYGUSAAAGCASAGGAACACUCAAUGGUUGCGAAGAGGAUGGAUGCCUUGGACAUGUCCAUCGAUUUGAUAUGUGGUGAGUGCGACAGCCUAGCCAUCACUAUGAAAAAUGAAAAAAUGAGAGAGAUCGAAGAAGAAUUCAUGAAAUCGGUCGAGAACACCRAUCACCUAUCGCCUCCSACAAAAAUCAUGUUCGCCUUUGACAAGCUKGAGUUCGCCAUCGACGUGCGAUCGUCGACCAUGGGUAAGCACAARAAUCUCAAGCUCGCGAACAAVACGUACGACAUAAUACUGAAAAGAGCCUACAGCGAUCUAGGGUCGCUCCUCGAGGACAGGGUUAGCAAGCCGUUCCUGCCCCAGCUACACCCCGACACUGUAGUAUCCACUGUGAUCAAACGCCUCGACUCUCUUUUUCGGGACUWCGAGGAGCARGCGRAAAGGGGYUCCGUCRCUUCGGGAAUGUUCGAUCGCAAUACGAGCACCAAAUGGGGGUUCGAWAGCAAACGCGAAGAGAAUAUUCGCUCAGAAAUCAAGGCWCGCGAUCAAGAGGAGGUUGYAACGUCUGUCUAGAACGGAACUGUGAAUCGCUUUACUUGUAGUAGAUAGCUACUUAGAUUAUGGCAGCAAAUAUUUUUAAACGAGUAAUGAAAAUAAUUUUACUUCGCAUUA